GAUUCUCUUUUCAUUCAGGAACUCAAGAUGGCAUACAAAUAUCUGUUGUUUUUCCUCUGAGGUUUAUUUAUCUAUUUUUAAGAACUGCUAAGGACCAGAUGACUUUACUAUGUCCUGAUAUGUAAAAACCAUAGAACUCUUUUUCAUAGGAUCCUAUGAGCGCACAUGAAUGGGUGGCUCUGCAAAAAUGGACUCAGGUGACUUUGUGAGCUGAACUCUUCCCAAGAAGCUGUGACUGGGAGCACAGCCACUUCUCAGAAGCCACCUGACCAUGGAUGGAAACUGUGGGCUGGUUGGAGAAGGCUGAAGGGGAUGUGGAUUCCAAAGAUUUGGAGUUAAACAUUGCUGGCUGUGGAAUUCUGGGAGUUGAAGUCCACAUGCCUUAAAAUUGUCAAGGUUGAGAAACACUGAUCUUUGCAGUGUGCAUAAAGGCAAAAUGCUGAACAGAUGAACCAACAGUAAAGUUAAACAUCAAAGCCCUCUCUUAACCAUCUAUUGUAUUUAACUACAAUGGCUUCUUAUUUACGGUAAGUCACCCGAUUAUUGUCUCUGAUCCAUGUAGGAUCAAAUAUACUCGUCUGAUUCUUAAUAAUAAAGCUUUUCCUUAAGAUUUUGAUUGAGGACUUUCCCAACAAUUGUGUCUUAUUCCCCCAAAUCAUAAACUUCUGUUGUCGAUCCAUUUUAUCAAAAAAGUUCAGUAUAAAUUGUUUUCCAGUUAAAUAAAAUAAGUCCAUUCCCCAAUCUUCUUAAGAAAGUCCAGUUCAUCACGCAUCGAGUCUGUUUAACUCCAAAUCUACCAUGUCUUAGCCUUAGUCUUAGCCCCACAUUUUCUGGACCCUGCUUCUUAUUUUUCCCUCUCUGUGACUUAAUGAUUUCUGUGACUUCUGUGCAAGAAAAUUUACAGAAGUUCAUGGCAUUUAACACUUAGCAGAUAUACACUGUCCUCCUUCAGGAAUGAUGCUGGCAUGCUGGGUGUCCUUGGAUGCAGCCCUGGCCAGCAGAAGUUGCCUCCCCUGGAGUAUCUAGCCUGAUGGUGUUGCCAUGGCCUAAAUCCUUGGAAGCCGCAGGAAAUCGGUUAUAAAGAUUUGGGAUGUAGAGAGAUGUUUAUCACCACUGAGAAUCAACCUUUAAAAAGUUUAUUCUAUAAUUCUGAGAAACGGCCAUGAACUUUUAGGGCUCAGCACACAGCUAAUCUUCACAAGCUAAGUAACAUCACAUUUCACUAUUUCACUUGGAUCAGUUGCAAAGAUCGAUUGCUAGAAGUCAAAAACGACUUGAUAGUUUUUAAUCAGGGAAAAAAAUCUUGCAAAUGGCUUAGGUAGAGAUGAGCGAAAUAUGUUUUUUUUUUUUUUUUUUGCCACCUAUCUAUGGUCAAGUAGGCAACCUCUGUGUUUGGAAAGCUGAAAAUGCAGCAGGCGGCAUCUGUGUUUGAGUUUAAAGGAGUUAAAACCAUCGAGUACUGUAUUGCUAGAAAGGAUGGGAAGAGAUGAGAAGCGCGGAGGAACCUGCUCUUCUUGAUUACUCAUGGGAGGAAUUUGGUGUGCAAAGUGGCUUUUGUGCUCUUUCCAGGGUAGAAGCAGGAGCUGGAAGAUUUUGACAGACAAAAUCACUGGGGAUGCCGGCAGGAAAUUGCAAGUGAAAUUGCCUUUAACAACCCACCCGAAUUUGCUUUACAAUUGCAGAGGAACAGAUACAAAGAGAAUGGCAAUAAAAGGACUCUGGACAGCUAAGAAUAACAAGCAACAUUGGAAAAGGAAAGCAAACUGAGCCAGAAAUCAAAAUAUUUUCCAUUUCCUUCAGAAAACCACAAAAUUCUCCUCCUGCAGCAACGGUUAGACAAAAGAGAGAGAGAAAAAGAAAGAUUUCACACUAGAAUAAGUAGAUGAUUCAGAACUCAAGGAUGCCUUACAUGAAAAGUGAAGGGAGAUUAUUUUUCAUUCAUUAAAAGAGGGAAAUAUCUGGAGGAAAAAGUAGGAAAAUCCCGUAGAGCAGAGAGCCAUACAGGCCUCGCCCUGUGAGGAAGAAAACGGCUUGAAUGAAAGCACCACUAAACAAGGGAUUGUCCAUAUUUUUUACCUCCUCAAAAAUAUCAGCUUGGAAAAGCUCUGUAGUUGUGUCUAUUGUUGGAAAAGCACAGAUAGUAAAUCACAGAUUAUGCAUGAUAGCAUCCACACUGGAGAAAAACAAUAAUUAUCCACAUGUGUUGAAAGCUUUAGUCACAACAGCUCCCUUGUGGUUCAUGGAAGGGCUCACAUCAGAGAGUAACCAGAGGACUCACACAGGAUAGAAACCCUCUGAAUGUCCUGACUGGGAAAAGUUUCAGUCAGAAUUCCAGUCUGGAGAUACCUCCAGGGAUAAACUGUAUGAGUGUCCAAAUUGUUGGAAAAGAAAUUGCCACAUGAUGAGAAACCAGAGGACUCACACAGGAGAGAAAUCCUUUGAAUGUUGUCUUUGUGGGAAAUGUUUCAGUAAGAAUUCCCAUUUCAUGAGACACCAGAGGAUUCACACAGGAGAGAAAGUGUAUGAAUGUCCUGUUUGUGGCAAACGUUUCAAUCAGAAUUACAACCUCAUGAGACAUCAGAGGACUCACAGAGGAGAGAAACCCUUUGAAUGUCCUAUCUGUGGGAAAAGUUUCAGUCAGAAGUCCAGCCUAGUGACACAUCAGAAUACUCACAUAGGAGAGAAACCGUUUGAAUGUCCUGAUUGUGGGAAAAGUUUCAGUGAGAAAUUCAAGCUGGUCAUACACCAGAGGAGUCACACGGGAGAGAAACCAUACCAGUGUCUGGAUUGUGGGAAAAGUUUCACUCUCAAUUUCUCCCUGGUGAGACAUCAGAGGACUCACACAGGAGAGAAACCAUAUCAGUGUUCAGAUUGUGGGAAAUGUUUCAGACAGAAUUCCCACUUGGUGAUACACCAGAGUACUCACACAGGAGAGAAACCCUUUGAAUGUCCUGAUUGUGGGAAAAAUUUCAUUCAGAAUUCCAGCCUGAUGGUACACCAAAGGACUCACAUAGGAGAGAAACCCUUUGAAUGUCCUGACUGUGGGAAAAAAUUCAGUUUGAAAUCUACCCUGGUGAAACACCAGAGGAUUCACACAGGGGAGAAACCCUUUCAAUGUCCUGAUUGUGGGAAAAGUUUCAGUCAUAAUUCCUCUCUGGUGAUACACCAGAGGAUUCACACAGGAGAGAAACCCUUUGAAUGUCCUGAUUGUGGGAAAAGUUUCAUUCAGAAUUCCAGCCUGAUGGUACACCAAAGGACUCACAUAGGAGAGAAACCCUUUGAAUGUCCUGACUGUGGGAAAAAAUUCAGUUUGAAAUCUACCCUGGUGAUACACCAGAGGAUUCACACAGGAGAGAAACCCUUUGAAUGUCCUGAUUGUGGGGAAAGUUUCAGUCAUAAGUCCACCCUCGUGAAUCACCAAAGUACUCACACAGGAGAGAAACCCUUUGAAUGUCCUGUCUGUGAGAAAAGUUUCAGUCAUAAGUCCAGCCUUGUGAUACACCAGAGGAUUCACACAGGAGAGAAAUUGUAUCAGAUUGUUGGAAAAGUUUCAGUCUGAAUUCAAACCUGGUGAAACACCAGAGGACUCACACAGGAGAGAAAUUGUAUCAGUGUCAAGAUUGUUGGAAAAGUUUCAGUCAGAAGUCCAACCUGGUGAAACACCAGAGGACUCACAUGGGGGAGAAACUUUUCAAAUAUCCAGUCUGUGGACAUUACUUCACUCAUAAAUCAUCCCUUAUUGCACAUGAGGAAACUGACAUGAAGCAAAAGUUGAAGAGUUCCGAAAAAGCAUAAUUUAAUUUGUGAUCUCCCAUUGAAAAUGUAGGUGAGAAAUUGACUUUGAAUUCUGGCCUGAUUCUUUCUAGUGAAACAUGUCUCAGAAUUACACUUGUAGGUGGAUAGAAAAGAAAAUUAGGAAAAGGCUAACUACUAAUUUCUUGUUAUCAGCAGCAGUUGCUGGAUAUUUCCUUUUGCAGAAGUAGUGGAAUUCCUCAAAAAGGCUUCUGGGUGGUAGUUUUGUAUAUUGAUUAUAUAAUUCCCACAUGUGGCGUUUCAGUCUUCUGCCUUGGUUUUCUCCAGAUUUUGAGGCCAGAAUUCCUCAGCCAACAUACAAGUAGUCCUCAACAUACAACUGUCAUGGCCUGCCAAUUACGGUUGCAUGCUGCAACGGCCGUAAAGUGAAACUGCUUUCCUUCCCUGAUGCAGCCAUUAAUCGAAUGUGUGAAUCACUAAGUGGAACACUAGCUAUCUCGGGGUUGUGGGAAGCUCUUGGAGGCCUAGCACAGGACCGGGCUUGUCUGCCUCAGGCAUCCCUAGGCCUCCCCCACGCUCCGAGAUAACCUGUGCUCUGUUUCCAAAUCCUUGGGUCUCCCUGGCCCUUCUUUCCCCCACAGCGUCCCCCCCAGUUCUUUCCCUUCCCCCCCCGGGUCCCUACAGCCUUUUUCCCACUCCCACUGCGUCCCUGCAGUCCUUAGGCCUGACUCCCACCCCACCAGGACUCACACCACCCUCCUCAUCUGUGAACCUCAUAUUGGGGAAGGAGGGGUGGGCACACAUCCCUGGGCCUCAAGACUGUCUCCAGGAAGCAGCUGUCAUUUUCAAUGGGCCCUGGAUUCAUCCCUGGGCCAUGCAGUGGACUUGUGGAAAUGGCUGCCAUUUUGCCACACUCACACAGAAGAGGGACAAUCCUCUCUGUUUUACUAACUUAACAUAAGAAAGAAAUGUACAGAGGUUGUAAAGUUACAAGGUAAACUCUAGCUUAUUUGCCUUGCUUGAAAUGUCCUAAUUUCCAUCCCUCAGACUGGCAGUGAUGAAGAAGACCAUCCCUGAAUCUGAGAAAAGCGCCAAUGAGAACAGAUGAAGUUUAGCCAUUCUAACUGUAGUUAGACUUCUGCCUCUUAAUUUGUUGCCUUGAUAUCUGCCCCAGUCCUAAAUUCUGUGAAAGUACAAUAUUUCUUUAUAUACAGUUAAAAAUUAAAAUGACUAAACUUGAUCUGUUUUGAUUUGCAUUCUUCUAAGGGAUGGUCUUCUCCAUCACUACCAGUCUUAGAGAUAAAAUUAGGACAUUUCAAACUGGACAACUAAGCUAUGAUUUCCCUUGUAACUUUACAAACUCUAAACAACCUUUGGGUCUAGCCUUUGAAAAUUAUAGAAUUAGAGAGGAUCUCUCUGACUUCCCUGAUGAUUCUCCCAAUUCUGAACCAGAUCUGACAGACAAUGGGAAAGUUGAGGUCCCCAUGGAUGGAGAAAGUGAGUUAGACACAAAUGUUUUGAAAAAUUUGGGAAUGAAUUCCUUUAACAUAAGAAGAAUAUGGCUGUCUCAAAGCUGAUCCUGAGUAUGGCACUUGGGAUAUUUGAAGGUUCCUGUGACUCCCUCUUGGUUGUUCUGUCUGUGCCCCCUCCUUUUAAAAGAAUGAGAAUUUCCCAACUGAUUUAAUUAAAGCAAACUUCUUUUUCUGUUUCCAAUAAUGUCUCUGAAGAAACAAAAUGAUGGGCAUAUGUAACUGAAGCCAGAAUGGGUUUGUUAAAAACAGAUCAGGCCAGACAAAACUUACUACCUUUUUGAUAAAGCAAUUACAUUAAUGUAUCAGCGAAAUACUGUGGAGAUAGUAGACUUGGACUUCAGCAAGACAUUUGACAAAGUGGAUCACAACUUACUUCUUGGUAACAUAGAACAACGUGGGAUAAUAUCACCACCAGGAGGAUUCGCAUUAAUGUUUGAAAAAUUCUGGGAAUGGAUUCCUUUAACUUAAGAAUAUGUUGGCUGCUCAGUCUGAAAGCUGGUCCUGAGUGUGGCGCUCAGGACUUUUGAAGGUUCCUGUGACGCUCUUGGUUCUUCUGGGUCCUGUCCCUCCUGGUUUUAUUUCUUCUUUUAAAAGAAGAAAUGAUGGGCAGCUGUAACAAGCCAGAAUGGGUUUGUUAAGAAUGUGAUGCCAGACAAACAUUAUUGCCAUUUUUGAUGAAGUAACUUAAUUAGUGGAUUUGAAAAUGUUCUGGAGAUAGAAUUCUUGGACGUCGGCAAGACAGUUGACCAGGUAGAGCACAAGUUAACUUUUUUGUAAGAUAGAACAACAUGGAGUAGAUAGAACCAACCCUAGGUGAAUUCGCAAUUGACUGACCAACCACACUCAGUGGGUAUUUAUCAAUGGAACUACAUCUACAUGUAGAGAAGCAUGUAGUGGGGUACCUCAAGGUUCAGUCUUGGGCCCAGUACACUUCGACAUCUUCAUAAAUAGGCUCAAGAUCGAAAGGGAUCCUGAUAGACUUGAGCAUUGGGAUCUAUCCAACAAAAUGUAAUUCAAUGAUGAGGAAAAUAAUGUCUGCAUUUAGGCAGGAAAAACCAAAAGUACAGGGAUAAAAUAGGUAAUAGCUGGCUCAAUAGAGGAAUCUACGUGUCCAACAGACAAGAGUAAGACAAGAGUGUGCUUCAGCUGCCAAAAAAAAAAAAAAAAA